AAAAACGAAUCUUGGCAGAAGUGGAAAUAAUUGGUCAGCGGUCUUGCCUUUCUCAACUCUUUCUUGUCUCUCUUCUUCUUCUUCUUCUUCACCUGAUUUGGUCUCUGGAUUGAUUCCACGGCUUCAAAUUCCUAUCUUUGUAAGACUGUCUUUUUAUUAUUACCCAUUUAGCCCGCCAAGUGUUUGAUGAAAUGCCCCAAUGGAAACCAACAAUUCCUAUUUCUCUUCCUUAACUCUUAAUCAAACCACGUUUACUUGAGCCUUUACUUCUUGGGUUCUUUCUUGAAUUUUCUCUCUUUAUGCGCGAUACUGGUUUCCAUCAGCAGAUCAUUUGUUGUUGUUGUUGUUGUUGUUGUGCUUUGUUAUGGAAUCUACUGUUAAAUCUUGACGACAAUGCUUGGCCCUAAACCAAAUUCCGCCACUGUGAGACGUGACAAUGCUUCAACUUCGGCUAAUCCUCGUCCAAACGACAAACAAUCGCGAUACGAUGAUACUUCCUCUUUGUCUUCCACGUGUUAUCUAGAUUAUGGUUCAGAAUCUGCCCACUCUUCACUGGGUUCGGCAGCAGUACAUUCCAUUCAUUCCUUUAAGUCAACUCUCCCACACCAUCAUGAACACAAGGACGGAAUAUCGGGAUCUAAAAAGGGAAAGAUGGAAUUCUUAGGGCCUAAUCCUAUUGACAUUCUUGAUCAGAGGUUUGGUUUUGGUUUUGGUUUCCAUAGGCAGGUUUCAGGUACAAGAUCUGAAUGUUACAUGGAGGAGGAUGCCAUUGAUAAUGGACAUGAUCAAAAGGACUUUUUAUGUCCAAGUCCUCAAUAUAGUCUUUACUCCGCCACUCAGUAUGUAGAAGCCAAGCAGAGCUUCACAAACACUGAGGUUAGCGAAUGUGAAGACAAAAUUGUUGAAAUCCAACACUCUGUUUACAGGGGAAGUACCGGAAGUGAUAUGAGUGGAGAGAGUAGCUCUAGUACGUUAAGCAGUGCAAUGUAUAAACCGCACAAGGCAAACGAUUCGAGAUGGGAAGCGAUCAAAGCAGUGAAGCUACACCAUGGAGCUCUCGGUUUGCAUCAUUUCAGGCCGUUCAAGAAGUUGGGAAGUGGGGAUAUAGGAAAUGUUUAUCUCUCGGAGUUGAUUGGAACGAGAAGCUACUUUGCGAUGAAAGUUAUGAAUAAAGGAGAAUUAGCUAAUCGGAAAAAGCUUGCUAGGGUCCAAACAGAAAGGGAUAUAUUAAAGUGUCUUGAUCAUCCCUUUCUGCCUACUUUGUAUACACAUUUUGAAACUGACAGUUUCUCUUGCUUGGUUAUGGAGUUUUGUCCUGGUGGAGAUCUUCAUGCUCUUAGACAAAAACAACCCUGGAAGUUCUUCCCCGAGAAUGCUGCCAGGUUCUAUGUGGCUGAAGUUCUCCUUGCUUUGGAGUAUCUGCACAUGCUUGGAAUCAUUUAUAGAGACCUUAAGCCAGAGAAUGUCUUAGUAAGGGAAGAUGGGCAUAUAAUGCUAUCGGAUUUCGACCUCUCCUUAAGAUGUGUCGUGAAUCCAACCCUGGUCAAGUCCUCGAACCCGGUUCUAGAAUCUAAGAACACAGCCUACUGUCUCGAACCAUCUUGCGUGAUCCAGCCAGCCUGCAUCCAACCAUCAUGCUUCGGUCCUCGUUUUCUCAACAAGCAGAAGAAAAGAGGAAAGAAGACAGAAGCCUACCAUCAAGUGAGCCCUCUUCCGGAGCUGGUUGCAGAACCGACGAGCGCUCGAUCAAUGUCGUUUGUGGGCACGCACGAGUACUUAGCUCCCGAGAUUAUCAAAGGAGAAGGCCACGGAAGUGCUGUUGAUUGGUGGACGUUUGGGAUAUUUCUGUACGAGCUUUUGUUUGGGAGGACUCCGUUUAAAGGAACGGGGAAUCGGGAAACUCUGUUUAAUGUGGUGGGACAACCGCUCAGGUUUCCUGAUUCGCCUUCGGUUAGUUUUGCUGCUAGAGAUUUGAUUAGAGGUUUGCUUGUUAAAGAGCCUCAGCAUCGGCUUGCUUAUAGGAGAGGGGCGACUGAGAUUAAACAGCAUCCGUUUUUUCAGAGUAUGAAUUGGGCGUUGAUUCGGUGUACUAAUCCGCCGGAGAUACCCAAAGCGAUGAUUAGAGAUGAUGAAGGGAUGAUUGCAGCCUCUUCUGGGGCUGUUGAUUUGAAGCCAGAGGGUAAUUAUUUGGAAAUGGAGUUUUUUUGAUUGAUUUUGUAAGUAAGUUGUGUUGCUUACUUGAAAUUGGGGAGUGUAAAUGGCAACAGUUGUUCAUGUAAGAAGGAUCUUUUUUAAGGGAUAUUUUUGUUGAAUUGAUUUUCUGAAUUGUUUGCUUGUUUACUU